AUGACCUGCUCAAUUUCGCAAUCAUUUAGGAUAGCUGCAUUACCUAAAAUAGCUUCCUUAAACAACUUUUCCAAACAAACUACAUAUUUGCAGUUGACAGAAUCCUCUCCAGUCACUGAAAAGUCAAAUUUUAUAAAUAUUGGUAUUAGUGGUUCAUCUUUAUCCCAGUUUAUUAUCAAUCCCACCCCAAAAUUAGUUUUCAAUCAUUCUAUCCCUUCAACAAAUACGGUUACUGCAUUUGAUGUCUUGGAAAUAGAAGAUCAGCCGGAACAUGUAGAUGAACAAACGGAUGGUACGAUCAAUUCUAAUGUAUCAGCAAGAGAAUACUGGGUUUAUGGACUAUUGGCCAAUAAUAAAGUGUCUACUUUGAACUUUUUCACACGUACUUUGAACAAUAACAGUACUAGCGAUGGAGUUGAACCGGAUAGCAGUAACAAUACUACUACCAAAGUUACCACCUUAAAGGUGGACAGUAAAAUUGUGGAUUUAAAAAUUUUAAAUAAAAAUUCCACCAUAAUUUUGAUCGUUUUUGAUAAUGGGUUAAUUCAAUUAAGAGAUUUGAAAAAUAUACAAAAGAUUGUAUAUUCUAUUGAUACUUUAUAUGAGUGUUUUAAUUAUUCCGCCUUUUUUGUGGAGAAUGAUAAGACUUACCUAUUUACUUUAUCCCGUUUGAAACCAGAAAAAAAUAAUAGCAGUAAUACUGGUAUUGUUUACAAGUUAUUCAAUAUUGAUUGCACUCACCAUACAAUUAUAGAACUAAAUACUAUAGUGAUAGAAGAUUUUAAUAUAAUUGAGGAAAUCAACAAAAAGUUUUAUAACAAUGGAAAAUAUUAUCAAUUGAAUAGUUCUGACAAAGCCAUUGAGAUUUAUCAAUUACCAAAUUUUCAAUUUAAAGCUAAAAUUGAUGUUUCUAAUAUUUUUCUUGAUAUUUACCAAGGGAGUAACCAAGAAGAGGGUAAGCAAGAAGAUAUUACCAAAAAGAUAUCAUUCAAACCAGUUGCCUCAAGUAGAUGUUUAUUGACCGUGAAAAAUGAAAUUUUCUUGUUGGAUUUACAACACCAAACUCUUUUAACUAAAAGGGAAUUGAGUGGGAAUAUUGAAACUUUUCAAAUCUUGCAAGCCGGUGUAAUUUCUGGUUCUUCCAAAUCAAGUGAUUCAAAUACUAUUGCAUUGGGUGUUUCGACGAAACAUGGUUCCAAUCCUUCUUCAUAUUUAGAUAUUGUUAACAUUAAUGUUGGCAACGGUUCUUUAAGAGAAUCUUUGGGGAAGAGUUUUUCUUUGAAAAGAAAAGAGUCAUGCGGUGAUAAAUUUGCGUCUUUAAUGUGUCCACUCUUUCAAGAUACAAACGGUAAAGAUGAAAAGGAUUCUGUUUUGGUUGAUUUUAAUAAAGCCUUAAAAGCGUUGGGUAACUUAACUAAUGAUCCAUCUAAGUUUGAUGAAACCUUUUUCCAAGUUUUAAAAAUUAACCAAAAUGGCUAUUAUAUGGAAGACACAGAUAGAUUCAUCAAUAACCCGAAGUUUAUUUCUGAAUUGGUUGAUACAGUUUUAAAUAGUUUUAUUGCCAAAAAAAUAAGUACCAAAAGUUUUACAUAUUUAUUAACACAUCCAUACUUUCCCAGAACCAAAACAAUUGGUUUACUAGAUAGAUUGAGAUUUGAUUCCAGGUUAUUUAAACAGUGCAUUGUAACAUGCCCUGGGUUAAAGUUAGACGAAUUAUUGGAGGAACUAUUCACUAUUAAAAAUGACGAAUUAUUAUUGGACUUAUCAUUAAGAAUAUUACAAGAUUUUAGUAAAGAUGAGAUUAUUAAGAGCAUAAAACAGGUUAGUAGGGUGACUAUAACCAAUUUUUUGGAAUUUAUCAUAAAGAGAACAGACAGUACAGCUGAAGAAGAAGAAGAAGAAGAAGAGGAUGAUGAUGUUGAUAUUAGUAAAGACAAGUUAAAGGCUAUGCCACAGUUAUUACAAUUUUUAUCAUUAUGUUUGGAUUCUUUUGAUAUAUUUCAAUUAGAAUUGAGCUUUUUGCUUAAAUUGAAUAAAUUUAUCACCGAAGAAAUUAGCUUAGUCGAAACCAACAAUGAUCUAUUGAACUUAUUGAGUAAUAAUGAUAAACUAACAAAUAAAUCGGCAUUUACAUUUACAAAAGAGUAUAAAAAUGAUGUUGUUGAAUAUUUUGUAGAAACUUUAAAGUAUUAA